GCUGAAUCCAAAUGGAAGCCAGAAAGGAAGGGAACUCUUGAUGCAUCCGUACAGGUUGGUCCCAAGGCAGAGAGCAGAGGAGAAGAGUGGAAAGUGGAUCUGGGCAAGCAGAAGGUGUACACGUUCUUUUGAUUGCAUCUCCCGAAAAGGCAUGAAAUUUUCAAGGUGACAUUUGUCUCCUUGGCACUGAAACCCAGUCUACUGAGCAUGAUGCUAUUAACUGAAGACCCUGGAACUGAGGAGGAUGUCUUCUUGUACGGAGUGAACGGAAAUGGAGAGAAGCAGGAUACAGCAAGAAGAAAGUAUUUGCAAACCAGAAAAAGGGCUCUCACCAGACACCUUGAUCUUGGACUUCCUAGCCUCCAGAACUGUCUGUCGUGGGACCUGAGAUUCUGCAUUUCUAACAAGCUCCCAGGUGAGAUGGAUGCUGUCUGGCCUGGGACCACACUUCAAGAGCAAGCCUUCAAAAUGCACCUGAGGCUGCAGCUAUUGGCGGUUCGCAGGACCAUACCACCAGCCUUUAAGCAACUGUGGCCACAGAAACCUCAUCAGUUUGAAAUCAAGAGAAGCUCUCACUCAAGCUGGUACAUCCCUAUUACUACAGAACAAGGGUCAGCAAACUACAGGCCAGUGCCAUCGGAAGCAAGGUCAUCAGCUGAGAAUGAGAAAAAUAAAGAAGAAUCAAGUUUGAGAAGGUGAGGAGACAGAAGCACAGGAAGGCUAAAUAACUUGCCCAAGAGUCUGCAGCAGGAAGUGGCAGAGUAGGUUUGAAAUGCUUCAUGGGACCUGAUCGCUGUCCUGUGCUGUGCUGUUCAACAAACCAAGCAAAAUUUCAAGAUGCUGGCAAGGAGGCAAGUCAUCCAGAGAAACCUCUCCCUGCUUCUCUCCCUUCUGAAGGCACUGGCUGUUCUCAGGAGCCCUGAAACUCAUUACUCCCCUGUUACCUCCUCCAAGAUGCCUUCCAGGAUCACCCAAGGUAAAACUGAUCACUCAGUCUCUCCUUUUGCCAACCUACCUGUGCCUUGUAUACGUUCCUAGUAUCACAGCGCACUUCAUGUGUAUCACAGUUUAAUUGGCAGGGUUUUAAAAAAUUUCUUGCCGAUACAAAAAAAGGUACCUCUUACAGUCAAGAGCACUGGUGAGAUGCAGCUUCAUUUUUUAAACUUUACAGAAUGAAGCAGUGCUUCACAUCUGGAGGCGACCUUAUCUCCCCUCCCACCACACACAUUUAGCAGUAUUUGGUUCUGUCAAUUGGUGGGGAGGGUAUGCUGCUGGCAUCUACUGGGUAGAGGCCAGGGAUGUUACUAAACAUCCUACAGUACAUAGGACAACCCCACAGCAGUCAUCCAGACAAAAACGUCAGUAGUGUGGAGGUGGAGAAACCCUAGUUUAGAGUAACAAUAUUUAUUCAGGUGAAUGCUAUGCUUUAUUUUUUUUUAUUUUAAAUCAAUCUUUUACAGUAUAUAGUGCGACCUAAUAUAUAUCAAGGUUUCCCAAACUUUGGCUUGUAGAGCAAGAAUAGCAAGUCUUGAGAAAUGCUCUUUCUUCAUUACCCCUCCCCCAUUUCCUCCCACUAGACUCCCCAGGGAAUGAAUGAAGCAAUGUUCCAGAUCAAAAUUGAAAGGCCAGAAGGUCUCAGAGAGAUUUGUGACCUUAAGCCAAUUAGGUUAAUGGCAAGGCCAAGACUGGAUUCCAGAACCCCAGAUUUCCACCAACCCGCUCAGCCUGGGAGGCAGCUGCUCUGUUCCCUGGCUAAAUCGGCCAACACCGUUUGGUACCUUAAGAGGAGACUGUGCCCUACAAAGAUGGGCUGCGUGGCUUAGCAGGAGUUUAACAUGAGUAUUCCUGCUUCAACACCCGGGACCCAGCCCGCUCUCACGCUACUUUAUGAGAAUUUAGGUUGACUCUGUGAGGCCCCCGAGCUCUGUGCGGAAUUGGAUUUACGCAAAAACAACUGCGAUUCGUAAGUGCGAAGGAACUUCAAAUAAAUGUAGGUGAUUUCGUCACACAAAAGGCAGAGGGAACUUAAUACGUAUAUUUAAGGCUCUGGAGAAACGGCUUUUAAUUUGAAAGGGGUGGGAGGAGCUGUCCUCCGUCCCUAGAAGCUUCACAUGUGGAAAGGGCCAGAGGAAGGUUUUGGCAAAGCCCUUCUGCAUCUCCGUUCUGCAGUCAGGUGGGCCCCAGGUGGGCCCUGAGUUCCCUGUCCCAAGUACCUAAUCCCCGGAAUGUCACCUCCCUCAUUCCCACUCCGAGGUGCUGAAUCUCUGGGGGAAGCUCGACUUUGGAUCCUGCGACUCAGCCUCGUCUGCAUCCCGGUCCGCUGCCCUGCCCCAGGGGGAACCUAAGCAGGGGGAUGGAUGCUGGAGGCCAGACUCACCUUCAGGUGG